ACGGGCUACGGGUUGCCCCCCUCUCUCUUGUGUGUUCAUUAAUACCCUCUUCCCCCCAACUUUCACGCUCUUGUCGUAAUGUCUGCCCCUGCUGAGACCGUUGCCCCUGUCGCCGCCCCUGUUGAGGAGGUCGCUCCUGUGGAAGUCCCCUCUGAGACCGCUCCUACUGUUGAGGCGCCUAAGGCCGAAGAGGUUGCCGAUGCUCCCAAGGCCGAGGCUGCUUCCGAGGAACCUGCUACCGCCCCCGCCGCUGAAACGUCUGAGGCUGCAGCUGAACCCGCGAAGGAGGAUGAGACGAAGCCCGCUGAGGGUGAAGCCAAGAAGGAGGACCGUCCCAAGAGUCCUAGCCUUCUCGCCAAACUCCUUGCUCCUUUCAAAAAUGAGAAGGCUAAGGGUGAGAAGAAGGUGAAGGCUCCUAAGAGCCCCAAGAAGGAGAAGAUCAACCCCGCCAAAGUCGGCCGUCGUCUUUCUGCUCGUGUCGGCGAAUUUUUCAAGCCGAAACCCAAGGCUGAGCACCCCAUCCCCGCCAAGGUCGAUGAGAACCCUCCGAAGAUCGAUGAGCCCGAGCCGGUUGCACCCUUGGAGAACCCAGCUUCCGAAGCGCCUGCCGCUGAGGAAGUUGCUACGCCUGCUGCGGAGGCUGCAUCCGCUCCCGCAGUCGAGGAGCCCAAACCUGAGGCACCCGCUGCUACCCCAGUCGUUGCUGCGGCAGCAUGAACAGUACAUGGCUGAGGACCUAUGGAUCGGUAAACGACUGUUAACGAGCUCUCAUCUCAUCCUGUUUUCUUUGGUUU